CACUUGCACAAUCACACACCGAUGCCUUCAAAACCAAAUGUGUGAGUGAGAUUAGGGGAUGCGAAAGAGAGAGCAGUAAAAGCAGUGUAUGUAUGUGUGUGUGUGUGAAAGAGAGAGAGAGAGAGAGAGUCAGAGAGAUGAGUUCCACUCCACCCACAUCCUAUCCGUGUCCAAUGUGAGGGGGAGGUGAAACAGUUGAGAGCUUACUGUGCUAUUAACUGGCAUCAUUUAGUCGCCUCAGUCUGGAGAAGAGACUAGUCAAGACUGCUCCUCCUCAGAAUUCCACCCAGUUGGAGCAACAAUGACUUCCCAUGUGAAGCUCCGGAAGGAGAAGGUCGGUAUGGUGGACUAUGACACACAAAUCAAAGAGGUGCGUUGCCAGCUUGCGGAUCAGCUGAAGGUGUUGGACUUGCAACUUGAGCAGAAGAGCCAGCAGCUGCAGGACCUAACAGACUACCUGCGGCGACGGGGUGAGAUUGAAAGCGAGUAUGCCCGCUCCCUGGAAAAACUUGCUGAAAGGUUCACCUCCAGGAUUAAGAGGAAGGAGCCCAGCAGUCACUCGGUGGCGCAAGUCUGGCUGGCUCUGCUGUGCCAGACCCGCCAGGAAAGUAGGGACCAUAAUGGGCUGAGUGAGAGUUGCAGCAACUUCCUCAUCCAACCCCUCACACACUGUCUGGAGUACACACAACGCCUUGCCAAGAAGAGUAAAGACAUCUGCUCACAACUACAAGACGGACUACUUAAGGUUACCACAGAGUUGCAGACUGCAUGGAGGACAUACUACCAGUACCACUCAGACUAUGUGUGUGCAGAGGGUAAGCUGAAGGAGGCAGAGAAACAGGAGGAAAAGCAGAAGCAGAGUGCUGCUAAGAAACUGGAGAGGUUGAUAGAAAAAAGACAAAGUAAGGUUCAAGAGAUACACUUGAAGUGCAGCAAGGCCCGAAAUGACUACCUCAUAAACCUGAGCGCAGCCAAUGCCUCCAUGAAUAAGUACUACCUCCAAGACCUCUCUACUCUCAUUGACUGUGCAGAUGUAGGCUACCACCUCUCUUUGGGCCGGGUGAUGGAUGCCUACCUGUCCAGGCGGUGGCGGGCUCAGAACAACCUGAGCACGGGGCUGCAGCAGCUUCAAGGGGCUGUGUCUGGACUGGACCAGAGGCAAGACAGAGACACCCUCCUGCAGGACCAUUACAAUGCCUUCUCUAUGCCCCCUCGGUUCUCCUACCAGCCUCACGACGGGGACCAGAUUUCUGAGGUCAGCGCAGAGUGUGAGAUGAGGUGUGAGCUGGAGACCAGGUUCAAACAGAUACAGACCAGACUGAAAGCAGUAACGGAGGACACUGAGGAGGCUAUGAAGAACAUGUUAGCUGCCCAGUCUUCCCUGCUGGAGAUCAUUGGUGAUGAUGAUCUGGAGCCGAACAGCGGCAGCAGUUCAUCUCAGGACGGCAGCACCGAAAACCUGACAGUCAAGCCUAGCGUAGCACGUCGCAGGGCCAACCUGCAAGAGAUAGAGAACCUGUACUUCACUAGAAUAAAAGAGUACCUUGUUGGCAGUUCACUGGCAUCUAAACUGCAAGCUAAACAUGACCUGCUUAAAGUGGCUGUGGAAAAAGCUGAAGCAUCAAAUGGACAUCAACCUAGACACAAUGGAAAAUCUAUGCGUGUCAGGAAGAACCACUCGAGUGCCAAUUUGAUGCACAACCACAAACUUUUCAGUGGAGACAUGCUGGCCUUCAUACAGGAACAACAGAUUCCAGUCGUUGUGGAAAGUUGCAUUCGCUAUAUCAACCUCAAUGGACUCCACCAUGAGGGGAUAUUUAGAGUGCCAGGGUCUCAGAUGGAGGUCAACAACCUGAGGGAUGCAUUUGAGCGAGGAGAGGACCCCCUGGCUGAGCAGAGGUAUGACAUGGACUCUGUGGCUGGAGUGUUGAAGCUCUACUUCAGGGGUCUGGAGAAUCCCCUCUUCCCCAUCAACAGCACCAACCAGCUCCUGGAGUAUGCGCAAAUAAAGAACGACACAGAGAAAGCAGCUCAGCUCAAAACAGUCAUCUCUGCCUAUCCCGAGCCCACCAUCGUUGUCAUGAGAUACCUCUUUGCAUUCCUUCAUCAUGUGUCGCAGUACAGCGACGAGAACAUGAUGCAGCCUUACAACCUGGCCGUGUGUUUUGGCCCCAGCCUGGUCAGAGGGGCUCAAGAUGACGAUGUUGUCACCUUGCAGCCUCAGAUCAAUGCUCUGGUGAAAAGCCUCAUUCUCCUGCAUGAAAGCAUCUUCCCCAGCCAGAGUGAAGUGCCAGGACCAGUGUAUGAGAAAUGCAUGACACUGGAGCAGGAUGACUGUGAGCCUCUUAUUGAAGAAGGAGAUGUAGAAGCAGAGUACACUCAAGGCAAAGAUGAGCUGGAAACAGGAUUCUCAGUUGACAACAGUGCCAGCUCAUCUGCAGCACCACAGAGAAGAGCAGAGCGUCCUAGAGCCAACAGCAGUGGCUGCAUUGACCAAAACAGGUUAACAGGUGGACCAGCAGGGGGCAGCAGCGCCUCAGGUGGAAAGUUAAUGUUUCAGAUUCUUGUUGUACCACAGUGCAAACCACGACGGGUCCCCUCUCCUAACUUGGCACGUAGAGAGAUCCAGGAAAACUCCUCCUCUGAGGAUAUUGUUGUUCAAAUAGACAAGGAGGUCUGUCGCCAGAUGGACUCGGUCUUCAAGGAGCUCCUCUUACGUCAAGCACCGCAGGAUCCCUCCUCCUCCACCGCCUCCUCUCUCCCUGCCCAGGCUCCCCAAAAGAAAGGGAAGCGGGAUGGACGCAAGGGGAAAUGAGCAGGGCUCUUUGGGGGGGGUGGGGUGGGGGGGGGUUCUCCAUUGGACUGGGAGGACUGGCAUUAGUAGAUGACAUGAAGAGAGACAGGGAGAUGAUACAAAUGAAAACUGAGGUGUAGGGUGAUGCGCUCUGACAGUAGCUUUCAGCACAUCUAUUUCUGGAAAACUCAGAUCACUGACCCAUAGUCACUCCUCUGAGGUCCCUGUGAUUGGUCUGGGCUUCUCUCCACAGGGGGGGCUCCCUACUCAGAGGCCCUUUCAUUCAUGUUUCGCACAGCAGAUCCCCGUUGUCACUGCAGAUCUGCAGUAUAUUGUGGAAACUGUGGAUUACUUGAAAUGCACAGAUGUGUUAGUGUACAGCUGAAUGUAGUUAAACAACUUAUGACUUUAUAUCUGCAUCAGUGUAGGUGUUGAUAUUCAACUAUUCCUAGUUUAAAUCACAAAUUUCUCUGAUUAUUUUUUACCUAAUCAGUACAUGCAUAUCUACAUACAAUCACACAUACAGUACAUUCUUCGUCAAAUGUCUUUUUAUUAAACUAAUGAGUCACAACAUUUAUAAGAAAACUGUGAAAUUUGUAUAUAUUAUUUGUAAGGAAUUGUUGACAAAUACAACUUGUCUGUAUAUCUGGGCUGCAUGCCGAAUAAAUAUUUUGUCUAUUCUC